AUGGAAUACUUCCCCUCUGUCAUCCGGAAUAUCGGCAUCUCAUUCAACUCGACCCUCAGCCGAUUGGGAACGAUUCUGGCACCACAAAUGUUUAUUUAUUUCACCUGGAAACCACUGCCCUUCAUUAUCAUGGCCGUCAUGGCCGCGCUAGAUGCAGUUUCUUUCCAGGCAGUAAUCCCGGAAACAAAGGGCCGAGCCAUGCAGGACACGAUGCCGGAGAAGGCGGAAAAACGCUCGGAGACAUCU